CAGACCCACAGACACACACCCACACACGACCACAGAGUGGUUCCUGCUGUUCUCCGAACCAAAGCAAACCACACAAAACCACCGCCGAUACUGCUUCUGCUGCUGCUGCUGCUGACUCACGAGACGCAGUCCGCCAGCUGCUACCGGGGAUCGGUGCAAUAAAGAUAAACCUCCUCUGCAGAGACCAGAAAGCCAGAACAGGGGAGUUGACGAGUUCAAACUUCAGGAGGGUCAAGUCAAGCAAGGGCAAACGGGGGGCAAUGACAAUGUUUACGGGCAAGCUGCAGAUCAAGGUGUGCGAGGCGAGCGGCCUGCGUCCCACAGAUUUCCAGAAGCGCCACAACCUAACAUUCGGCAAACUAGCCGAUGAGCAGCUCAUUGAUCCCUACGUCUCGAUAGAUGUCGACGAGAGUCACUUUGAUCGAUCCACCACACGCCCAAAGACGUUCGAUCCUGUGUGGAAUGAGCAGUUCGUGCACGAUGUUAACAAUGCCAAGAACAUCAGUUUGACCGUCUUUCACGAUGCGGCCCUGCCGCCGGAUGAUUUUGUUGCCAAUUGCAUUAUAUCGUUCGAAGAUCUUAUGCAGAGCGAGACAGGCGCUCCAGAUCUAUGGGUCAACCUGGAGCCACAGGGAAAGAUCCAUAUAAUCAUUGAGCUGAAGAAAUGCAAUGAUCAAGCCAAAGCCGAGGCCGAGGUGGAACGCACUGUGGCCGUCAAUAAGGAGUUCAAAGAGCGCGCUGGCUUCAAUCGCCGUCGUGGAGCCAUGCGCCGUCGAGUGCACCAGGUGAAUGGUCACAAGUUCAUGGCAACAUUUUUGCGUCAACCCACCUUCUGUUCGCAUUGUCGGGAGUUUAUCUGGGGAAUUGGUAAACAAGGCUAUCAAUGUCAAGUCUGCACCUUAGUUGUACAUAAAAAAUGUCAUCUGUCCGUGGUGUCCAAGUGUCCGGGCAUGCGAGACGAGCAGCAGACCAAAGUGGAGGUGGUGCCUGCCGGCCAGAGAUUCAACGUCAAUGUGCCCCACCGGUUUGUGGUGCACAGCUACAAGCGGUUCACCUUCUGCGACCACUGCGGCUCGCUGCUCUACGGACUCAUCAAGCAGGGCCUGCAGUGCGAGACCUGCUGCAUGAAUGUGCACAAGCGCUGCCAGAAGAACGUGGCCAACACGUGCGGCAUAAACACCAAGCAGAUGGCCGAGAUCCUCAGCUCGCUGGGCAUCUCGCCGGACAAGCAGGGCCAGCAGCCGCGCCGCUCCAAGUACUUGAACCAGCAGGGUGGCGAGGAUAACUACGGCGCCUCGCUGGGCGGCGACGGGGACAAUGUGCCCGGUGCUUCGUUCCGCAGUGGCACAAUGUCGGCGGACAGCCUGGCCACCUCCACCAGCACGCUGACCAGCGGAUAUAACAGCAGCAGCUGUAUGAGCCUGGCCGUGGGCGGAGCCACCGGGGACACACGCCCCGGCAAGUGUUCGCUGCUGGACUUUAACUUCAUCAAGGUGCUGGGCAAGGGCUCGUUCGGCAAGGUGAUGCUCGCCGAGAAGAAGGGCACCGACGAGAUCUAUGCCAUCAAGGUGCUGAAGAAGGAUGCCAUCAUCCAGGACGACGAUGUGGACUGCACCAUGACGGAGAAGCGCAUCCUGGCGUUGGCCGCCAACCAUCCCUUCCUGACUGCGUUACAUUCCUGUUUUCAGACUCCGGACCGCCUGUUCUUCGUGAUGGAGUACGUAAAUGGCGGCGACUUGAUGUUCCAAAUACAGAAGGCGCGUCGAUUCGAGGCGACCCGUGCCGCCUUCUAUGCGGCGGAGGUGACAUUGGCGCUACAAUUCCUUCACACCCACGGUGUCAUCUAUCGCGAUCUGAAGCUGGACAACAUUCUGCUCGAUCAGGAGGGGCACUGCAAGCUGGCCGACUUUGGCAUGUGCAAGGAGGGCAUCAUGAAUGGCAUGCUGACCACAACGUUCUGUGGCACACCCGACUACAUUGCCCCGGAGAUACUCAAGGAGCAGGAGUAUGGCGCCUCCGUCGACUGGUGGGCGCUGGGCGUGCUCAUGUACGAGAUGAUGGCCGGCCAGCCGCCGUUCGAGGCCGACAAUGAGGACGAGCUCUUCGACUCGAUCAUGCACGACGAUGUCCUCUAUCCCGUUUGGCUGUCCCGCGAAGCCGUUUCCAUAUUAAAGGGUUUUCUCACCAAGAAUCCGGAGCAGCGGCUGGGCUGCACUGGCGAUGAGAACGAGAUACGCAAGCAUCCAUUUUUCAAUAAGCUUGACUGGAAGGAGCUGGAGAAGCGCAACAUAAAGCCACCAUUCCGACCAAAAAUGAAAAAUCCUCGCGACGCCAACAAUUUCGAUGCGGAGUUCACCAAGGAGGAUCCGGUGCUGACACCCAUCGGGAACGAGGUCAUACGCUGCAUCAACCAGGACGAGUUCGCUGGCUUCUCCUUUGUCAAUCCCAAGUUUGGACCAGAGCGCAAAGUCUACUAGGGCCCAACGAUUGUUGUUCAUUUUCCCUUUCAGUUUUGGAGGCACCGGAUCCGAUCUGAUCCGCCGAAAUAACAAUAACCCGACACAAGUUGAGCUCCACCCAUCCCAGGGGGCCGGUCCGUAUAGAUCAGUCAGUCAGUCAGUCAGUGAGUUAGUUUUAAAUUGGGUGGACAUACAGAUCGAACUGUGCCGUCAUCUAGAAUCAGCCAUCUAUCAUCUACCAUUAGCAUCUAGCGUCUAGCGUAUUCCUCUAGCGUAUAUCCCUAGCACAUGCAAAACUAUUUGUAUUGUUUCGCGAUGAAAACGCUUCAUUGUUGUCUGUUUUCCAGUUGUAUUCGUUGUCAUUAUUUCGUUCUAAAUCCUAGGUUCGAAUCAGAGAAGUGAAACAUUGCAAGUAAAAUACUGUUGAUUUAUCACACACAUUGUCACCAGUCACCCUUCACCAGUCAGCCAGUCACCCGUCACCAGUCAGCCAGAGCCAUAGCCAUAGCCAUCUCGACAAGCAAGAACCAGUGCCAAAGCUGCUGCUUAGCUUCGACUACUUGAAUGAUGCGCACCAGGCAGAAAGAACCAAGAAAUUGUUAAGUUUAUCCAGAUUCCACUUCCACUUUCGCUUCCGCUUUAAGCUUCAAGCUACAGCUACUCUUGGAGCCUGCCUCCGCCGCUUAGAAAGUUUGAAUUGUAUUUAUUUAUUGUAUUCUAUUGUAUUGUAUUGUAUUUUAUUGAAGUUAUGUUGUUUGCCAUGCCAAUCCACCGCCUCGCCACCCGCCCCGCCACGCACCCGAACCCAUCUAGUCAAUGCCCCUGUGGGCUGCAAUUGUGGCUCAAAGUGCAUUUUGUUAUUAGUUAUUUAUUGAUUAAUUGUUUGUUUGAUUGUUUAACGUGCCGAAUCUCAAGUUUCGCACUUAAAGGCAGGCAUAAAGACGGCCCAGACAGCGUCCAAGCUUAGCUCUUGCUCCAAGCGAAUCUCAAGGGAACCUCUAAGAAAAAAAAAACACACACCCAAUACACAUAUGUACAUCACACAUAUGUGCCGCUCCGCAACGUGCCGUCUAUAAAACAAAUACCCCCACCCCAAAGCAUAUACAUAAAUACAUACAUACAUACAUUUAUUUCAAUUUGUUUUUUUGUAUGUAUUUGAAAUCUUGCACAACUUCCUUCUCAAGUAUUAAAGCGAUAUUAUUUUAAAAUUUAA